AUGGGUAACUUUCGAUUCCCAAUCAAGACGAAACUCCCACCUGGAUUCAUCAAUGCUAGAAUCCUAAGGGAUAAUUUUAAAAGACAACAAGUAUCUGAAUUCGAGAUUACUAGAAAGGCAUUAAAAUUCAUAGCAAGAAAUACAUUAUUACCACCAAGAGCAAGAUUAGAAGCUCAAUUACAAUUGAGUACAUUACCAAAUUAUACAAGAUUGACUCAAGUUAAAAAUAGAUGUGUUGAAUCUGGUCAUGCUAGAUUUGUAUUGAGUGAUUUUAGAUUAUGCAGAACUCAAUUUAGAGAAAAGGCAUUACAAGGUGAUUUACCUGGUGUCAAGAAGGGUGUUUGGUAA